UGUAGCCCUGGCAAGAACCGGAAGACCCAAACACCAUAGAGACAAGCUAAGAUGGAGCAAGAAGGUCCUCCAUCAGGCCACCGGAAACAGAGUUUGCCGGCUUGCCGGAAGCACGCUUGUCUAGCAUCUACCCUACUGCUCUGCAAGGGUUAAUUCUCCAGCACACAGCCAGGGAAUGAGAUGAGAUGAGGCCGCUGCUGCUCCGGCCUCUGCGCUUGUGGGUGACCCCGGGAAGGAGAUGGUGCUCUGCGGGGCCUCAGAUAGAAGUCCGGGUGCGGUUUGCUCCCAGCCCCACAGGCUUCCUGCACCUGGGUGGCCUACGCACAGCGCUUUACAACUAUCUUUUUGCCAAGAAAUAUGAAGGUACAUUUAUUCUGCGCCUGGAAGACACUGACAGAAACCGCCUAGUUCCUGGAGCUGCCGAGGGUAUAGAAGACAUGUUGGAGUGGGCAGGGAUCCCACCAGAUGAGAGCCCCAGGCGUGGUGGGCCGUACGGUCCCUAUGAACAGUCGAAGCGUCUGAAUCUGUAUCAUGAUGCUGUACAGACCCUGCUGGAGAGUGGCGCUGCGUACCGCUGCUUCUGCACCCCUCAGAGACUAGAACUACUGAAGAAAGAAGCGUUUAGGAGUAGGCAGACUCCUCGCUACGACAACCGCUGCAGACAUCUGACCACAAAUCAAGUGCAGGAAAAGCUGACGCAGAAUUUGCCAUUUGUGGUCCGGUUCCAGUUGCCUAGUGGUACCCACGAUUUCCAGGACUUGGUCUAUGGUUGGACACGGCAUGAUGUGGCAAGUGUGGAAGGAGACCCAGUGAUCCUGAAAGGAGAUGGCUUCCCCACUUAUCACUUGGCCAAUGUGGUGGAUGAUAGUAAAAUGGGUGUGACGCACGUGCUGAGAGGAGAAGAGUGGCUGAUCUCCACCACCAAGCACCUACUGCUUUUCCGUGCUCUGGGCUGGCAGCCCCCAUUAUAUGCUCACCUCCCGCUCUUGCUCAACAAAGAUGGCAGCAAACUGUCCAAGCGACAGGGCGACAUAUUUAUCCAACACUACGCCCAGAACGGAUACCUGGCCGACACCCUGCUUGACAUUAUUACGAACUGCGGAUCAGGAUUCAGCGGGAACCAGAUGGGCCGCACCCUGCCGCAGCUAGUCCAGCAGUACAAUCUGGGAAGCACCAGCACUCACUCGGCUCUUCUAGACCUGGAUAAACUUCCGGAGUUCAACCGGAUUCACCUGACCAGGUGGAUUGAUAACGCAGACACCCGAGCACAGCUGGUCACUCAGGUGAGGACUCUGCUGCAGCAGAAGUACAAAGACAUGAUGUGUGAUACAGAGUACAUUGAGAAGAUACUGUUACUGAGGAGGGGACACCUGUGUAUGCUCACAGACUUGCUGUCUCCAGAUUACUCCUAUCUGUGGGUUCGGCCCUCGGUGCAGAGGGAUCCUCUACAACGUCUGUCUAGUGAGGCCAGUGAGAUUGGGAGUCUAGCUGUGCGGAUUCUGCAGGAUAGUCACAAUGUUCUGAACCUGGAAAUGUUAAACCGAGAACUGCGGAGCCACCUGCAGCAGCUGAGAGCCACAAAAUACAGCACUUCCAUGAAAGUACUCCGUCUGACACUCAGUGGCCUAGAGACUGGCCCCAGUGUGGCGGAGAUGAUGCUGUCGUUGGGACCGCAGGAGUCGAUUGCACGGUUACGGAAUGCUCUGUCUUGUUGAAGAGUGGAUCUACCAUGUGACUCGGUGUCAGUGCCAUCAUCCUCCCCUGCAUGUGAGCUGUGUCGGGGAGACGUUCCACUGCUGCUGCUCUGUAUACACUCCCACUACCCUGCCUGGGCUUCCAGCUACUCACCGCAAAGCACUUUCCCCACCGAAGGGUCUCUUGUGCUGCAUGGAUAGAUUCCUCCUGCCGCCAAUACCCCGCAGAAAGAGCUGCAGGGACGAAUCCAAUAUGACGCCGGAGACUCUGCUCCCUCAUCCCCUGAUAUGUGCUUAGAGGGAGGGAACUGUUCUGAAUUCAUUCUCAGAGACUCUCCCGGAGCUCUAUCCACUCCUGACACCCCUGUUACAUAUAGGGAUAUGGUGGAUGCAAUAAGGGCAGCUAUAGGUUCCCUUCUGGCUGAGCAGACAGCUGGUAUUUCUUCCCAGCUUUUCCAACUAACAAAGAGUACAGGACACGGAGUCCAGAAUGGGGGAAAUGUUUGCGGAUAUGGCCUAAUUGAAAAAGGCACAACAAAGCUCACACUAUCACAUAUUAAUUGUAAAGCGCAACGGAAUAUGCUGCACUAUAUAAGAAACUGAUAAUAAAUAAUAAAUAAAUUACAUUGAUGACCUAGAAAAUAGGUUUAGGAGGAACUACCUCCGGAUUGUGGGGCUCCCAGAAACAGUGAAGGGAGGUGCUGCCACCGCUGUUGCAGAUUCAAGAUGUUUGUAGCGAGUUAGUGAUUGAGUGAGCUCACAGAGUGGGUCCUUUAUGCACACAAUCCGGAACCAGAACCCUGCGUGGUUCUGUUUAAAUGCCUGAAUUAUUUAUAUAAAGAAGCAUUCUGGAAUGCCUCCCGCAAGAAUUGUUCUAUGUCCUGGGAAGGAAACAAGCUGUUUUUGCUUCAAGACUAUUCCGCUGAACUUAUGAAGGCCAGAAAGUAAUUCUUUCUUCUUUGCUCCCAUUUGAUCCAGCAGAGGAAAAAAUUUGCAUUACUGUAUCUAUCUAGACUGCGCCUUUACAAUGGCUCAUCCAAUGAUGCUGAGUCUUAUUUAGCAGAUUGAGUGAUUUGUUUUAGGUACAAUAAUUUUCUGGUUCAUAGUCCUUGUUGGACAAUGUGGUUACAGGUGACUCACUUUAUGGCGAUACCUUACUGUAUAUAUUUUUCUAAGGUACUCUAAAUCACAUUACUUUGACUCAGGUGAUCUGCUCUGUGUCUAUUUCUGCACUGAGUUGGUAGGGCAAGCAUUCUCAAUCUUUGUCCUCAAGGCACACUAAUAGGCCCUACACACUGGGCGAUAAUACUCAAAGAUAUGAACGAUCUCGUUCAUUAAUGAACGAGAUACCGUUCAUAUCUUUGAGUGUGGAGGCACCAGCGAUGAACGAUGCGCGGCCCCGCUCUCGUUCAUCGCUGGUGCCCCCCGUCAGCUGUGCAUGCAGGCCAAUAUGGACGAUUUCGUCCAUAUUUGCCUGCACUGCUAUGGAGACGGGUGACUGGGGGAGUGAAGAAACUUCACUCCCCCCGCCGCCGGGUCGCCCGUCGGCCGUAUCCGCCGCCGGGCAGCUGGCGGCGGAUCGCUCAAUGUGUAGGGCCCUUAACAGUCCUGGUUUUAGUGAUAUCCAGGCUUGAACACAGGUCACUUAAUUAGUACCUCAGUUAUUUUUAUUUAACCAUCUGUGCUGAAGCCUGGAUGUCACUAAAACCUGCACUGUUGGUGUGCCUUGAGGACCACGGUUGAGUAAGCCUGUGGCAGGGUAAGGAGCGAACCUCCUUCAUUAUUGAUAUCCUGUAUAUACUGUAUUUUGCUUAUUUGUAAGUCCCAAGUGUAUUCAUGAUUAUGGGAACGUGUUUUCUGAUUUUUCAAUAACUUUUAUGCAUUGUGAUUUUUAUGUACAGUGCAUCCGGAAAGUAUUCACAGCACUUCAUUUUUUCCACAUUUUGUUAUGUUACAGCCUUAUUUCAAACUAGAAUAAAUUAUUUUUUUCCCUCAAA